UAGAAUAUGCGUGACUUAGUAUGCCCAUAGAUAACGUAACAUGUGUAAGACCGACGAACCAAUCACUAUUCACCAUGUUAUAACAUGUCCAGAGAAGCUUAAGUGCUGGUCUACAAUAGGUGAUUUAAGCCCUAAGCCUUAAGAAAUUGACCAAUCACAAUCAAGUAUGAGGAGAAUACUCGACUGUGAUUAGUCAAUCUCUUAAGGCUUAGGGCUUAAAUCACCUAUUGUAGACCGGCAUUAAAGUUGAUUGGUCAUCGCGCGGGUCAGUUUAUGUAUGACAUGGCAAAACUAUAAUAUAUAGGUAUGCUAAGGUUUAUGGUGUAUAUCAGUUAUCAGUAGCGCAGUAGUGCAUUUUCCAACAAUUCUAACGUAACAAAUAUGGUGUUACAAUGGCGGGCUCUAUAGAGAUACCACUUCGCGAUACAGAUGAGGUUAUAGAACUUUACUUAGAUCAGUUACCAGACGGAGAUGAAGUUCUGGGGAUUGUGCGGCAAGAACAUGCCCAGCUUAAUAUCUGGGUCAAUUUGGCUCUUGAGUAUUAUAAGCAGCAGAAGAUUGAAGAUUUUAUUAAGAUACUUGAAUCUUCUCGUAUUGAUGCAAAUAUUGACUACCGUGACUAUGAAAAAGAUCAGAUGCGAGCGCUUGACAUGUUGGCUGCCUAUUAUGUCCAGGAAGCCAAUAAAGAAAAGAAUAAAGACAAAAAGAGAGAUCUCUUUACAAAAGCCACAUUAUUGUAUACAACAGCUGACAAGAUCAUCAUGUAUGAUCAGAAUCAUUUGCUCGGCCGAGCUUAUUUCUGUCUGCUUGAAGGGGAUAAAAUGGAGCAGGCUGAUGCACAAUUCAAUUUUGUGUUAAAUCAGUCGCCAAAUAAUAUACCUUCUUUACUUGGCAAAGCCUGCAUUGCUUUUAACAAAAAAGAUUAUAGAGGUGCCCUUGCAUUUUACAAAAAAGCUCUCAGGACUAAUCCACACUGUCCAGCUGCUGUCAGAUUGGGAAUGGGGCAUUGUUUUAUGAAAUUGAAUAAUCAAGAAAAAGCGCGACUCGCGUUCGAAAGGGCUUUGCAAUUGGAUGGGCAAUGUGUUGGUGCACUUGUCGGACUUUCAGUUUUGAAACUAAAUCAGCAACAGCCCGACAGCAUAAGAACUGGCGUGCAAAUGUUAUCAAAGGCUUACACGAUCGAUUCGACAAAUCCGAUGGUGUUAAAUCACUUAGCAAACCAUUUCUUUUUCAAGAAAGAUUACAAUAAAGUUCAGCAUUUAGCGCUGCACGCGUUUCAUAAUACCGAAAAUGAAGCCAUGCGGGCAGAAAGUUGCUAUCAAUUAGCCAGAGCAUUCCAUGUUCAGGGUGAUUACGAUCAAGCGUUUCAAUAUUAUUAUCAAGCAACGCAAUUUGCUCCACCUGUAUUUGUAUUACCGCAUUUUGGUUUAGGACAAAUGUAUGUUUAUCGUGGUGAUGCUGAAAAUGCUGCUCAAUGCUUCGAGAAAGUUUUGAAAGCACAACCGGGAAAUUAUGAAACUAUGAAGAUCCUUGGCUCUCUUUACGCUAACUCGAGUUCCCAAUCAAAACGCGACAUCGCAAAAAAUCAUUUGCGAAAGGUAACAGAGCAAUUUCCUGAUGAUGUUGAAGCUUGGAUCGAGCUAGCACAAAUAUUGGAACAAAGUGAUCUAAAUGCAUCUCUAAAUGCUUAUGGAACUGCGACCAGAAUCUUGAAGGAAAAAGUUCAAGCGGAUAUCCCACCAGAGAUCUUGAAUAAUGUAGGAGCGUUACAUUACAGACUCAGUAACUUGGAAGAAGCCAGAAAAAACUUGGAAGAAUCUUUGGCACGUUCGAAAGCAGACGCUCUGCACGAUUCGGUAUAUUACAAUUCGAUAGCAGUGACAACCACGUAUAACUUGGCGCGUCUUAAUGAGGCGUUGUGCAUUUUCGAUCGAGCAGAAAAACUAUACAAAGACAUCUUGAAGGAGCAUCCAAAUUAUGUUGACUGUUAUUUGAGACUCGGUUGUAUGGCCAGAGACAAGGGACAGAUAUACGAAGCGUCCGAUUGGUUCAAGGACGCCUUGAGAAUUAAUAAUGAACAUCCAGACGCAUGGUCGUUAUUGGGCAAUUUGCAUUUGGCCAAGAUGGAAUGGGGUCCUGGCCAAAAGAAAUUCGAGAGAAUUCUGAAAAAUCCGACAACAAGCACGGAUGCUUAUUCUUUGAUAGCUCUGGGAAAUAUCUGGCUACAAACUUUACAUCAGAGUGGAAAGGACAAAGAAAGAGAGAAGCGACAUCAGGAUCGUGCAUUAGCUAUGUACAAGCAGGUUUUGCGAAAUGACCCGAAGAAUAUCUGGGCUGCAAACGGCAUUGGCGCAGUACUUGCGCAUAAGGGCUGUGUAAACGAAGCUAGAGAUAUAUUUGCUCAAGUGCGCGAAGCAACGGCAGAAUUUUGUGAUGUUUGGCUGAACAUUGCACAUAUUUAUGUGGAGCAAAAGCAAUUUGUUAGCGCUAUUCAAAUGUACGAAAAUUGCUUGCGUAAAUUCUAUAGAUAUCAUCAUGUUGAAGUCUUGCAAUAUCUUGGAAGAGCUUAUUUCAAAGCCGGCAAACUAAAAGAAGCGAAACUGACAUUAUUAAAGGCACGUCGAGUAGCUCCGCAGGAUACUGUCUUAUUAUAUAAUAUUGCUCUUGUACUCCAACGAUUAGCCACGCAAAUUCUUAAAGAUGAAAAAUCGACGUUAACCACUGUACUUCAAGCAGUUCAUGAACUGGGUCUCUCGCACAAAUAUUUCCAGUAUUUAUCGACGCAUGGCGACAGAAUGGAGCAAUUAGCUGAAGGUGAAGCUAGGAGGUGCCAAGAUCUAUUAUCGCAAGCGCAAUAUCACGUCGCUAGAGCUAGAAGAUUAGACGAAGAAGAGAAAAUGUUGAGGCGAAAGCAAGAAGAAGAAAGGCAAGCUUUCAAAAUGCGUCAAACGGAAGAACAACGUAAAUUGGAAGAGAUGCGUCGUCAGAAAGAAGAAGAAAUGUUACAAAAGCGACAAGAAUAUGUGGAGAAAACUAAGAACGCUCUGGUAUUCGGAGAAAUGCCGUCGGAGAAACCUGGAAGAAAGGGCAAAAGAGUCCGAACUGAUCAGUAUGUCAGUGACAGCGGAGGAUCUGACAGAGAUGAAGGCAGGGAAGAAGCGCCGAAAGAAAGAAGACGUAAGAGGAAACCGAGCAGUGAAAUUAAAGAAAGAAGGAGCAGAGGUAAAGGCAAACGUAGGAAGGAAGCCGGAAGUGGCAAUAGCGGAUCGGAAAGCGAUCAACCCAAACGUAAGCGUGGCAAGAAGAAUACUGGGACUGGGAAAGAAAAAUCGCGUAGGGGUGCAGUCGAGAAUCUUAAGGGUAAAAUUAAAUCGAAGGAAACUAUUUCAACGAGCGAAUCGGACAGUGAUACUGGUGGACUUAAGAUCGCUAGCGGUGGCGAAAGUGGCAACGAGAAUCAACCACAUAGCAGCAGACGAAUUGCAUCCGAUUCGGAAAAUUCUCGUGCUUCCCGAUCACGAUCACGUUCAAGGUCAAAAUCUGGAAGUCGCUCGAGAAGCAGCUCGCGUUCACGGUCCGCUUCUCGUUCGCGAUCACGGUCGCGUUCUCGAUCUCGAUCCGCCUCUGGAUCGAGAUCUAGAUCCAGAAGCGUUUCGAGAUCAAGAAGCCGCUCGGCAUCCGGGUCAAGAUCAGGCUCGGCCAAAAGCAGGUCAAGAUCGAGGUCGGGCUCUCGUAAAAGCGGCUCACGAUCAAGGUCUAAUAGUGGCUCGCGAAGAAGCGGAUCGAAGGCAAGAUCAAGGUCAAGUUCGAGAAAAAGCGAUUCUAGAUCGAGGUCGCCAAAUGGUUCAAGGAAAGGCACGUCGCGCUCAAGGUCCAGAUCCAAAAGUGGCUCUCGCUCGGGCUCAGAGGAACGACAAUCGAGAAGCAAGAGUCGAUCGCGGUCUAAAUCGAAAUCUGUUUCGAGAUCCAAAUCAAGAUCGAGAAGCGGCAGCAAAUCGCGAUCGCGUUCCAGA